UCUCGGCGGGCGGGCAGCUGCGGCAGCUGCUGCUGUGGCUCGGGCGGCGGCGGCGCGGCGGCGGCAGAGGGGGCUCCGGGGUCGGACCAUCCGCUCUCCCUGCGCUCUCCGCACCGCGGCUUAAAUGAUGUAUUUUGUGAUCGCAGCGAUGAAAGCUCAAAUUGAAAUUAUUCCAUGCAAGAUCUGUGGAGACAAAUCAUCAGGAAUCCAUUAUGGUGUCAUUACAUGUGAAGGCUGCAAGGGCUUUUUCAGGAGAAGUCAGCAAAGCAAUGCCACCUACUCCUGUCCUCGUCAGAAGAACUGUUUGAUUGAUCGAACCAGUAGAAACCGCUGCCAACACUGUCGAUUACAGAAAUGCCUUGCCGUAGGGAUGUCUCGAGACGCUGUAAAAUUUGGCCGAAUGUCAAAAAAGCAGAGAGACAGCUUGUAUGCAGAAGUGCAGAAACACCGGAUGCAGCAGCAGCAGCGCGACCACCAACAGCAGCCUGGAGAGGCCGAGCCGCUGACACCCACCUACAACAUCUCGGCCAACGGGCUGACGGAACUUCACGACGACCUCAGCACCUACAUUGACGGGCACACUCCCGAGGGGAGCAAGGCAGACUCUGCUGUCAGCAGCUUCUACCUGGACAUACAGCCUUCCCCAGACCAGUCAGGUCUUGAUAUCAAUGGAAUCAAACCAGAACCAAUAUGUGACUACACACCAGCAUCAGGCUUCUUUCCCUACUGUUCGUUCACCAAUGGAGAGACGUCCCCAACUGUGUCCAUGGCAGAAUUAGAACACCUUGCACAGAAUAUAUCUAAAUCACAUCUGGAAACCUGCCAAUACUUGAGAGAAGAGCUCCAGCAGAUAACGUGGCAGACCUUUCUGCAGGAAGAGAUUGAGAACUAUCAAAACAAGCAGCGGGAGGUGAUGUGGCAAUUGUGUGCCAUCAAAAUUACAGAAGCUAUACAGUAUGUGGUGGAGUUUGCCAAACGCAUUGAUGGAUUUAUGGAACUGUGUCAAAACGAUCAAAUUGUGCUUCUAAAAGCAGGUUCUCUAGAGGUGGUGUUCAUCAGAAUGUGCCGUGCCUUUGACUCUCAGAACAACACCGUGUACUUUGAUGGGAAGUAUGCUAGCCCGGAUGUCUUCAAAUCCUUAGGUUGUGAAGACUUUAUUAGCUUUGUCUUUGAAUUUGGAAAGAGUUUAUGUUCUAUGCACCUGACUGAAGAUGAAAUUGCAUUAUUUUCUGCAUUUGUGCUGAUGUCAGCAGAUCGCUCAUGGCUGCAGGAAAAGGUAAAAAUUGAAAAACUGCAACAGAAAAUUCAGCUAGCUCUUCAACACGUCCUACAGAAGAAUCACCGAGAAGAUGGAAUACUAACAAAGUUAAUAUGCAAGGUCUCGACAUUAAGAGCCUUAUGUGGACGACAUACAGAAAAGCUAAUGGCAUUUAAAGCAAUAUAUCCAGACAUUGUGCGACUUCAUUUUCCUCCAUUAUACAAGGAGUUGUUCACUUCAGAAUUUGAGCCAGCAAUGCAAAUUGAUGGGUAAAUGUAUCACCUAAGCACUUCUAGAAUGUCUGAAGUACAAACCUGAAAAACAAACAAAAAAAAUUAACCGAGACACUUUAUAUGGCCCUGCACAGACCUGGAGCGCCACACACUGCACAUCUUUUGGUGAUGGGGUCAGGCAAAGGAGGGGAAACAAUGAAAACAAAUAAAAGUUGAACUUGUUUUUCUCAUGCAUAUGAUUUCCAUUAUGCCUACAGAUAUGGACCCUUUUUCUGUCUCAACUUCUCGAUCUUUGACCUCUGUUUACAACAGAAGGAGGGUACUAAAGUCAGAGGAUUUCCUUUUCUUGUAGCUCACUGCCCACAGACUUUCUCCAGAGUCACCAAUCUGUCCGUAACAACAGAGAGUCCAGCAAUAAUCGGUGACUGGUGUGCAUAGCGGAGGUGGCGGCAUUACUUUGCACAACUUGCUCUUUGUUUCAUGAAGGAAGUUUUUAUUUUUUCACCGAUUAUUGCCAGUCAGCAGGAUGGCAUGAAAAGGGUCCAUAGCAGUAGCAACAAUAGCAUUAUAAUAUAUUACAGGGUAAAUGGGCAUGAAGACUAUAUAUAGCUAAAAGAGAUAUUGUUUAUAUAUUGUUUUAAUUAAUAUAAAAUGUAGUUACUGGUGUAGCUUUUCCUGUUGAAUUGAUAAGGCACUUUCAUUUUGCACCUUUUUCUUUAAAUUAAAUGCUAGCGUGUUCACUGUCGUGUCGCAUGUGCACCAGAAACACAAGUUUAACUGAGAAGGCUUGGAAGGUACGUCGGGAGGUAUUUAUGCUGCUGUUUACAAAAUUACUUUUAAAAGACUGGCUGGUCAUAUCUAGAAAUCACCAUGUUGGAUUUUUGUUUUUACACGUGAACUUGGAAUUAGAAACGGAACUCUCCCUAAAUUAUACUUUGCUUUUUGGCAAGUUUAAGGAUAGAUGUGUUUAUGCUUCAUACAAAGUUGAAUGAUUGAUUGAUGCUGUGGUCUUAUACCAUCAUGCACAUUUAAAAAAAAAAAAAAGCUUUUUAAAAUGUCACUUCAUGGAGGCGGGAAGGGGAGGCUCAUUUUACACAAUUUGGUAGUUAUAUGGACUCAGUCUCAACUUGGAAUUUUUAUGCUUUGAGAACAAAUCCAUAUCCAGAAUAUAUAUUGGAAUCUAGCUUUUAUUAUAAGGACCCAAAGAUUAUAUCUGAAGCAAACGCACACUCUCCACAUGAGGACGUGAAGCAUUUACUUUGUGAAUGUUUAUGUUCUUGGUAUAAUCUAGGAACCCUAAAAGUUUAUCUCAGAAUGAGCUAAUUCUAGAUUCAUUGUCUACAGAUGUUAUAAUUCUAGAAUAUUGCCCUCUAUAUUUGAUAGACAAUGGAUAGGAAGGUGAGGGAGGCAUACAAUGUUGAACCAGUUUCUCUUAUUUAAAUAUUAAAUACUUUAAGCCUUUAAAGUAAAGUUGAUGCUAGCUGCAAACAUUUACUCUUGUAUUUAUCUUCAGUAGAAAACUGUGGACUGUAAUUUAUUUUAUUAAUAUUUAGAAGAUUGUUUGGCUUUUGUGUUCAGAUGAGAAAUAUUGAGUUGUUUUUAUUUAAUUUCAUGUUGUUAUUUUUUUUUAAUAAUUCCCAAUGGGAGGAGGGGAAAGGAACAGUCUGGUAGACAAAUGUGCAUAUUUUAAAAACAAGUGACCUUUUAGGAAUGUAGGCAUUUAGAAGAUAAUUUUUUUAGUCACACAAAGGGUGGGAUUCAAACUACUGGUCUGACAUCAAAGACCGUGUUUGUAAGGAAAAGGGAACAUUUUCCAUGCGUGUAAAGUAGGAGUUUCCAAGCAGCCCUUUGCAUCAGAGAGUCUCCUCUGCCACCAGGGUCCCUGCAGAAUCUUCCGCAGGAAUUUCAGCUCCUGAUGUCAUGCUGGGUGACCAGCAUGGGCUUCUCAGAGCACUUCACUCUGUUUUUAACUCCACUGACUUUCUGACUUGUUUCCUGAGGGAUGUGGAAAAGGAGAAGGAAUUAUUCGCACAGACAUGUGUAUGAAGCCUAAAUAACAUCCAAAAAAAUUUUUUUUUCAAAAAUAUAGUAAGGGAAGACAAGAGUAAUAUUCCUUUAAAUUUCUUACAGGCAUAUAAAAUUUUAUGUGAGUGUUUAUAUAGAGAGGCUAACUGUCAGCAUAUAGUAUUUAUAUUUGGUCAAGAAGGGUUAAAUCAAAUUUUUAAUUUAAGUAAGCAUAGUUCCUUUAAAGAUCAAUAGUAUUUAUACUCUGAAAAGAGUACCAAGCUUAGUUCAGUUAUUUAUUUGUCCAUUUUUCUUCUUUUGUUUCUCCUUUGGGGGAGAAUGGUGUGGUGUUGUUUUGGGGGUUUCUUUGUUUUGUUUUGUUUUGUCAUGUAGAUUCACUAAAUUUGGGGAUGGUUUUAUCCAAGUAUAUUAACUUCUUUUUAACCAAAGCUUUCUGAAUAUGACCAGCCUCAGGUGCUAGCGCAUUAAAGAGCAACUAAACCUAAUUCCAGUGUCCAUUUGUGAAAUAAUUAAGAGCUAAUUGAACUUCUCUAAGGGUGAAAGAGAACAUAAUGUUGAACUUAAAAGAAAUUCCUUUUCCCAGAAAGGAUUUUGCAUGUACCUAAUGCAAAAAACAUGAGGCCCUAACCUCAGUAAUAUUCAUACCAUGGUGACAUUGCUUUUACAGUAAACCAAGAUAGAGUAACAUCGUGCUGCUUCCAGGUGUUUCUGAAAGAAAAGCCGAGAUGGACUUUAACAGCAAAGUCCAUCAACAGUGUAGGAAGAGAAUAGUAGACACAGAGACAUGCUCGGUGAAAUGAGGGAACAACUGACUACUAUUGGAUCUAAGCUGGGAUUUGCAGUUAAACAAUAAAUUCAGUUCAAAAAAAUAUGGAGUCCAGAAAAGGAUGUGAAAAACUUUGCCUUUUUAUUUUCUUCCUUUAUUAUAAAAACACCUGUAUGAUGACACAAAAUAUUUGGUUGAUAUCAGAACUAUUCUUAAUAGUUCUUAUAAUUAAAGUUUCCUAAAUUUAAAUGUCCAAUCAUCUUUUAAGAACUGGAACCACAUCAUUGUCAACCUGGCUGCUAUAAUACCCUUAUACAAUUUUUUUUUCCCAUAAGGUAAAUAAGGCUUUUGUACAAAGCCUGAAGACCUUCUACUACCGUGGUGUCCAGAUGGUUGUAUCAUAUUGUGAAAAAACUGGCCUUGGUCACAAUGCAAACAGAAGUGCAGAUGAAAGUGCUUUUCGGACAGUUUGCAAAUUGUGUUAUAAAGCUAUGGAUUUUUUUUAAGUGUUCAGCAUCUUAAUUUGUGUUAAAACUAUGGAUUUUUUAAAGUCUUCAGCAUCCUAAUUCACCCUUUAUAACUUAAGAAAAAUACGACUUAAGACACUGCUUCUAAGUUUGGUUGUUCUUUAUAGUGUGGAUACCCAGAUAUUUGUGAGCGUAUGGAGGUGGGCUGAGAGGUGAAGAAGGAGCGUGUGUAUGUGUGUGUCCGUGUGUGUAUGAGGUGUAUGAUGUGUGUGUGUCGGACCGCUUCUAGGCUACUAAGUGUCAAUGGAAAAGAAAAUGUAUUCAAAAUACUUAAAUCAAAACUAGAAGAUGGAAAAAAAAAAGAUUUAUUCUAUACAAAGCCUUGUCUGGACCACUUUAGAGAGACUUCUAUUUUUUUAACCCUUCUAUAAAUAUUUGAUGGCACUUGAAAUAUUCCUGCAAUAAAAUGUGAUUUGUGUAAAGAAAAAAAAAAGAUUUUGUAAUGUGAAACAAAGAAAGAAAGUAAUGUAAUUUUCUAAAAAAAAAAAUACAAACAAACAAACUUUGUAUUAUUUUAUUGAUGGAAUUUGUCUAUCUGUCUUUGGAAAACUUUUUAUUUCAUUGAAUGUGCCAUAGUAGAAAUGCGUGUUUUUAGUUUUAGACUAAGGAAUAGCUAGCUGUUGUGUUCCGACAUUCCAAAAUGCAAAACAACCUAGUAGAAUCUUUAAUGAAAAGGUUUAAGUAAUGUGUAAGCUUCUCUCAUUGUUGCUUUUUUGCACAUGUUCCUCAUUCCUCUCUAGUGCAAUAUGUACAUAGAGCACUUGCAGGUGUACCUUGAUCCCUCAGGGAAAAAUACAUAUUUGUACAGUUUUUUGGGUUUUUUGUUUUUGUUUUUGUUUCUGUUUUGCCUUUUGUUUUUGGCUAAGGAAUGUCGAUCGAAUCACUUGUAAUUGUUGAGGGGCAGCCAGAUAAUAAUCCUAAAGCCACUGUUUCAAACAUUUAUUGUUUAAAUCAUGUGUCCUUCCAGUGCUAUUAAUUUAAGAUAAUAAUAAAAGGUUAUUUUCUGACAGUUCUUUGUGCUGAUUGGUGAAAAAAAACAAGGGUAAAUAAGCACCUUAUGAUUGACUUACUGUGAAUGACAAUCCAUCUUGAUAUCAACAAUAGAAGCCCUAUCAUUUUGGAGUUGGGGUUAAGAGUCAGAAACAAUGUGCUCAGGGAUCUUCUAAAACUCUUAAAACAGGGUGGCCAGUACUACUGGGACAAAUUGUGUUUUUUAUUAUUAAUAAUAAUGAUAAUAAUACUAUCCCUCCAAGGCACAAGUGAACUGUAUAGAACUGUGUGUGUGUAAACUCUUCACUAUCGUCUCAUUUUGAGUUCACAACUUAUGUGCUCUUCAGUUUUGUGUGCUUAAAAGCAUUGAAUAACUUCCAAAGCAAAGUUAUGCCAGUGUGUUCAAAAGAUAAACUAAUAGGUAAUGUACCAGCAAAGAGCAUCAUUCAAAAUACAGUCCUUGCAUACUCCUUUUACCACUUCUAUAAUAAUUAAAAUUUUCAUGAUAAAUAUAUAUAGCAUUAUAUGUUAAAAACUAGUCCAAAUUCUUACAUAUUAUGGAUUAAAAAUUUUAAAAACAAGUGAUGAGAGAAGAGACCUGCCUAUCAGUAUAGUGAGAUAGGUAAAAGAUGAAACAUGUUUUUAAAAUGCCAGCUAUUAACUAUUAUUUUCAUGUGUUCUCCUCUAGGCACAAACCAAAAAUUCCUUUAUGUAAAACAAUUCUUACUUCUACAUUUGUAAUUUAUACCUGAUGAAUUAAUACAAGAGCUAAUGUUUAAAGACAAAACCAAAUCUGCCUGUAGACAGCAACUUGAGCCAGCUUUUAGGGUUACAUGCUAUAGUUUUGAAAUACAGUUUUCUUCUCAUAUUCCCACAUAUUAUUUUCCAUAAAGUCAGAAAACCUCAGUGUAAUUGUUGGCUCUGAUUCUUCCACCCCUGGAAUACACAUUCAGAAGAUUUACAUAUUUUCUUACUAUGAUAGAGGACUAUAAUUUGAGAAAACUUUCCAUGUCUAUCAGAUGCAAAAGAUGGCUUUACCGUGUUGUUUUCGAUAAUAAAGAAUAUGGAAAAUGGCAGUAUCUCCUUUCUCUCUCUCUGUCAUUGAUACAGGUUAUUGACAUUUUUACAUAUUAUUGCAUGUGAUUGCCACUUCUUACUUAUAAAGUUAACCCCAUGAAAACAACUUUAUACUAUGGAUCAAAUUAUGUGCCCAGAAAUGCAAUUGCAACAGCAAAUCUUGAUCUUUUGCUAAUAGUCUGUGAUGCAGGUCUUCAUUCUGUCCCUAAACACUAGUCGUAUAAAAAGGUUCCACCAGAUUUGAUUCCAGAGAACUGCUUACUGCUGUUUAUUUUUAAGAGAAGGGAAGGCUGACUAGCAAUGGCUCCGUAGUACCAUUGGUUUUACUUCUGGGUCUGUUUGCUUGUGUGUUUGCAUAAAUGAGAUCAGUUUCGUCAGGCUCUCAGAAUCAUUUUUAAUAUAAUCCAGAAGCUUGACUUCAUACCAAGGAGCUGUCGUAGAUGGGGGGGAUCUCCAUGUUCAACCAAACCCUCAGAACUUAGAGCAAUAAAUACAUUCAGUCAUUUAUUUACAAAUGAAUGACAGAAUAUUGAAUCCAAAUAGAAACAACCUUUUUCCAGUGAUGCAACAUAACAUGGAGCCUUGUGUUGAGAAAGUGAAUAUGAAUAUGUUAGUUACCUAGAGAAUUCCUGUUUGCUGUUUACAUUUAGUGUGCUUUGCCACAUUAGCAGUAUCACACUUUUUUCCUUCUGAGAAUAAUGAAAGAUAGCUUGCUGUUAGCUUUGACUUGCUGCACAUGCCAUUGUGUUGUUCUCUAGAACGACUAAAUUCUCUCCAGUGUUCACGUGUGAUUCCUUUCUCACCAUUAUUAUUUUAAUGUGGAUACUAUUUCUAGGAACUUGAUUAUCAUUGAAAAGAUUGCAUAUGUAAAUGCAGAUAAUUCUUGAGCAAUAUAGUGAAUAUGAUUUCACAAAAAAAAAUCCAUAUGUACUGUAUGCAUCUUCCUGAAUCCAAAAUUCUCUUCUUAUCCACAACAGUUUGAAAUCUCAUAUUAAACAGUGGUAAAUUUUUAAACAUUAGGACAUUAGCUGGCUGCUUCUUUAAAUGUACCUGUAUUGUCUGCCUGCUCCUUUUGUGGAGAUGUGUUUUUGUAUUGGAUGUUUGGGCCAAUGGGAGGCUUCAAGCUACAACAUAUUUUCCCAGUUUAAAUAUAUUUAACAUAUGACAAACCCCAGACAAGGCUUUUAAUAUGUAUAAAGAACUGCAGUGUUAGGUGGUUUAUUUGCAAACCGUUUUCAAUGUUGUCCAUUUUUAUGGCACCUUUAACAAUAUUCUUGUUUCCAAAGUACAAAAAAAAAUAGGUUAAAUAAUCUAGCCAUAACUGAAUGUCAAGCAAUAAAACAAAUGACUUUUGUGCAUAGACUUAAAAAAAUACAAAUUUUAGACAUCUGCAUGUAAAUGCAAUCUCUUGUUUACUGCUUUCUUCAACUUGAGCAAUUGAUUCCUUAUUUACUAUUAACUUAAGAACUUGUAAUGGCCUGUAAACAUUUUCUCUCUUACUCUUCUUUCAAAUUUACCUUCGUCCCUGCUUUUGAGUCAUAAUAUUUAAUGUUGUUCUGCACAUCUCUAUACAGUUAACUUUUUGGCUUUCAUUCUGUAUAGAUAAGAAAAUGUUAUAUUAUAAACAGCCUACUCAGUGCAAAUAUUUAUCUGUUUAUCAAAUCCACAAUAUGCUGUAUAAUACCGGUUUUACUAUAUAAUCUAUUUUAGACAUAGCUGUUUAGAACUAGAGUGUGCUAUUUUUGUGUUUUUCUGAUGUGUGGUGCUAGAUAAGUUACUUUUGUGAACAAAAAAAAAUAUCCCUUUUAUUCCUAGACAAUACCACCUUUGGGUCUUGUUAAUUUCACUGAGUAUAACUAUAUAUUUGUAUAUAUAUACAUAUAUAUAUAUCUACCUAUGCCCAACUAGCAGCUGUAUCAGAGUGCUGGAUUUGGGACAUGCUUUUCUCUUUAAAUACAUAAUAUCAUUAUAUAAAUUAUUCUAGAGUGUAUUUAAUUAGGAUAAAAUUACUUCCUUAGUAUGGAUAUUUGACAUCUAUAGGGUGAAUUUGUUUAUAAAUAUGGUUAUAUGAAAACUUACUAGCAUUUACUUUAUGUUUGCUACUUGGCUUUAUACCCUAUCUCCUGAGCUGAAAAAUAAUUUGCCAGGCCUUCAAGAUCCUAAAGAAACAUUCUCAUUUAAUGGAGUAAUACAUUUUUUUCUUAUUAAGGAAUUAUAUUAUUGGCACCUGACAGAGUUGUAUACUUAGCUCCUAUUAUAGACAGUAGGCAUUUAUAUAAAACAUCCUUGGUAGCUUGAUGGCAGAAUAAACCUUUCCCCUCCUACCUGAAUCAUGAGAAGUAUGGAGACAUCACUGGUGGAACAUGGGCCAUAAAGCAAAUUUGACAAGGGAUGUUCUGAUUUAAUAUGACCUUAACCAGUUCCAUGAACUGAGUGAAGGACCUUCAUUUUAAAAGUCAUUUAAUAAUGAACUUUAAUUAAACCCUUUCACCCAGUCUCCCAAUAUCUAUCUAUUGGCUUUGUUAAAAAUCAAAGUAUAUCAAAUAUCUAACUAAGGAUGUAGUUAACCUUAUUAAAUAUUGAUUAGAAUUGUUCUGUAAUAUUACUGAAUUUGUAAGAUCUUUAGCAAAGAUUUUUGAGCAAUUUAUAAAUAUAGAGCAAAUGUUUCUGUUUACUGCACUUUUUGUAAUUGAAGGUGAUAAAUUCUCAAGCCAUGAUUAUUGGCUUCCAUGCACUGCAUAUUUACCCACAAUUCUAGACAUUUUCCAUUUUUAUGGAAGAGUUGCUGUUACCUUGAUUAUAAAUGCAAUUGUGUGGUUAAUGAGCGCUAAUGCUAAUAGUUAACCUUUUAAAGUGGAUUGGCUACAGUUUAGGGAGAAAUCUCUUUUAAUACAAAUCACGUCAUUCCUCAACUGCCUUGCUUGGAAAGAGAUUGAAACCUUUUUUUUUUUUUUUUGUUAGAGCACCAUUUAGCAUCCUAAGCUUCCUGAGGGUAGAGAUUGUAUGUAUCUCUUUGCGUCUGCACAAUGGCCAGCACAUGUCAGCAUUUGAUAAUUGUUAAAGGAUAACAAGUGUGCCCCCCAAUUAAAAUUUUUUCCUGGGUUGUUUUGGUAAAUUUAUAAAAUAAGCCAAGCCUUAUGGUUAACAUUUUCUUCUACAACCAAGUAUUAAAGCCACAUUUUAAAAGACCACAUGAAAUGCUGAUUCUAAUUGUGUGUAGGUCUCGAGGAUUAAGCACACAAAUUUCACAAACCUCUGUGAGUAACAAACUCAGCCUUCUGUAAAUAUACAUGCAAGUUUGGAAACAGUAAUACUGUACCUAUAAAUAUAUGCUGUCUGUUUUGUGUACAGUAUGUAAAAAAACUCCUUUUCUGCCACACUAAAAAUGCAAGCCAUUUAUGGGAACCCUAAAAAUAGUAUUUAACUAAAACUUUGCUAAUGAUCUUUAUUAGAGGAUCAUCCAACUUUUCACUUACAUUGGGUUUUCUUUUCAAUUCACUCUUACAGUAGUCUGCUUAUUUCCAGCUGUUUAUUUUAUUGAGUCCUGAAUUUAAAAAAAAUAUUUUGAUUCAUUUUGUAAAUACAAGCUGUAAAAAAAAGAGAGAUUUAAUGUUGUCUUUUAAAUACUGCGAUUUUCAUUCUAAUAUGAAUGUUGUUAUAUUGUACUUAGAAACUGUACCUUUAAUAUUACAUUACCUUUAUUAAAAGUGCAUUGAACACAUCAAUUUUAGAUGUGCUUUAUGUACUGUUAUCCUAUAAUAAAACUUCAGCUUCUAAUGGAA